UUUCCUGGUUAAUCUCCAACAACGCCACUAUCCCCAGAUCCAGGCGACCAGAACUGGCUGGGUGAUGGGUGAACGCCCGGAGGGGGUAGUUCCGACCCGGGGAAUUUUGAUCUCUUGGCUGGAGACGCCGGAACUACAGCAGCUGUUGCCCCCAAAAUAGCGCCCCUGCCUUUGCUACGGGGAUCUCCGGAGCUCCCGGAACACAGACGUCCUGGCUCGCCCUUCAAUCCCCUCUGCGAUGCUCACGGUCCUCCAGAUACCCCCCACACCAAGGCUCGGGCGGGGAGCUCCGGCCUCUUCUUGGUCUCUACUGCUCCCGGUUGGCAGCGGAGGGCACUGCAAUAUGGGGAUGCAAUAGGGGCUUGAGUUCUGGUGAGCCCCACAAGGGGCGAGUGAGACAGUUGGCUGGAGUUAGUCGAGAGGGGUGCGGUUGAUGUAAAGCAAACGGGUACCAACCGGCCGUACCAGAAAGAAGAGAGGCGGAGCAGGGUGGGGCAAGGUGUGGACUGGACAAGAUUCCAAGAUGCCUUCAGAACCUGGGACUCCCGAUACCUUGAAUGCCCAACCCACUCCCCAGAAGGCUUUGACUAACCCUGGAGAGGCUUGGGCUGUGCUUUCUUAUAACUUGCAAGCUCCCGAAGGGGCCGCACCCGUCUGUCCAUGAGGGCCCCGCACCUGUCCUGGGGCCUAUACAAAGCCUUUCCAACCCUGUGCUGUAUACUAGGGGUCUUAGCUCAAGCUGCAGGGGAAAGAGCAGACACCAGCCUGUCCUGGCAGUCAUGAGGCCUCCCUGGUAUCCCCUGCAUACACCUUCCCUGGCUUUUCCACUCCUCUUCCUCCUCCUCUCCCUCCUGGGAGGAGGGGCAAGGGCUGAGGGCCGGGAAGAUCCGCAGCUGCUGGUGAGGGUUCGAGGGGGCCAGCUGAGGGGCAUCCGCCUGAAGGCCCCUGGAGGCCCAGUCUCAGCUUUUCUGGGCAUCCCCUUUGCAGAGCCACCUGUGGGCUCACGUAGAUUUAUGCCACCAGAGCCCAAGCGGCCCUGGUCAGGAGUGUUGGAUGCUACCACCUUCCAAAAUGUCUGCUACCAGUACGUGGACACCCUGUACCCUGGGUUUGAGGGUACUGAGAUGUGGAACCCCAACCGAGAGCUGAGUGAAGACUGCCUGUAUCUUAAUGUGUGGACACCAUACCCCAGGCCUGCUUCUCCCACACCUGUCCUCAUCUGGAUCUAUGGGGGUGGUUUCUACAGCGGAGCGGCCUCCUUGGAUGUGUAUGACGGCCGUUUCCUGGCCCAGGUUGAGGGAGCUGUGUUGGUAUCUAUGAACUACCGAGUGGGAACCUUUGGCUUCUUGGCCCUUCCAGGAAGCAGAGAAGCCCCUGGCAAUGUAGGUCUGCUGGAUCAACGGCUUGCCUUGCAAUGGGUGCAAGAAAAUAUUGCAGCCUUUGGGGGCGACCCGAUGUCAGUGACUCUGUUUGGGGAGAGUGCAGGUGCAGCCUCCGUGGGCAUGCACAUACUGUCCCUGCCCAGCAGGAGCCUCUUCCACAGGGCUGUCCUCCAGAGUGGCACACCCAAUGGGCCCUGGGCCACUGUGAGUGCCGGAGAAGCAAGGCGCAGGGCCACGCUGCUGGCCCGCCUUGUGGGCUGUCCCCCAGGUGGCGCUGGUGGCAAUGACACCGAGCUGAUAGCCUGCUUGAGGACAAGGCCCGCUCAGGACCUGGUGGACCACGAGUGGCACGUCCUGCCUCAAGAAAGUAUCUUCCGGUUUUCCUUCGUGCCUGUGGUAGACGGGGACUUCCUCAGUGACACACCGGAGGCUCUCAUCAAUACUGGAGAUUUUCAAGACUUGCAGGUGCUGGUGGGUGUGGUGAAGGACGAGGGCUCCUACUUUCUGGUUUACGGGGUCCCAGGCUUCAGCAAAGACAAUGAAUCUCUCAUCAGCCGGGCCCAGUUCCUGGCUGGGGUGCGGAUCGGUGUACCCCAAGCAAGUGACCUGGCGGCCGAGGCUGUGGUCCUGCAUUACACAGACUGGCUGCACCCUGAGGACCCUACCCACCUGAGAGAUGCCAUGAGUGCAGUGGUAGGCGACCACAACGUUGUGUGCCCUGUGGCCCAGCUGGCUGGGCGACUGGCUGCCCAAGGGGCCCGGGUCUAUGCCUACUACUUUGAACACCGUGCCUCCACACUGACUUGGCCCCUCUGGAUGGGGGUGCCCCAUGGCUAUGAAAUUGAGUUCAUCUUUGGGCUCCCCCUGGAUCCCUCGCUGAACUACACCACGGAGGAGAGGAUCUUUGCUCAGCGACUUAUGAAAUACUGGACCAAUUUUGCCCGCACAGGGGACCCCAAUGACCCUCGAGACUCCAAAUCUCCACAGUGGCCACCGUACACCACUGCCGCGCAGCAAUAUGUGAGCCUGAACCUGAAGCCCUUAGAGGUGCGGCGGGGACUGCGCGCCCAGACCUGCGCCUUCUGGAAUCGCUUUCUCCCCAAAUUGCUCAGCGCCACCGAUACUCUGGACGAGGCGGAGCGCCAGUGGAAGGCCGAGUUCCACCGCUGGAGCUCCUACAUGGUGCACUGGAAGAACCAGUUCGACCACUAUAGCAAGCAGGAGCGCUGCUCAGACCUGUGACCCCUUGGGGGACCCCAGGUCCUGCCGCCCUGCCCGAGCCCCUAGCUGUAUAUACACUAUUUAUUUAAGGGCUGGGAUAUAAUACGACCGAGCCCCCAGGCCCUGUCCACUCCUCCCCGACUUCCUCCCACUAGGGGCUCCCCCUCUUCUGCAUGUCUUGGGCUAAGCUCCCCUCCCCGCGGUGCCUUCGCCCCUCUGGGCCGCCAAUAAACUGUUACAGCCACCA